AAAAGUUUGUAAAAGUCUGCCAUUUUCUUUCGAUUGUUCAUUGCUCUUCUUCUCUCUCUUUGUCUCUGUUUCAGUCUCUUUCCUUUAUUCACGCCGCUUUCUCUCUCAAUUCUCAAACACUUCCUUUUUCUUUCCUCUCCAUUCCAAUAACCCAAAAUCCUCUCUCCCAUUCCACCAUCGCCAUUGUUGUAGAGCUUCAAAGAAACAGAGAGAAAAGAGAAAAAAAGAAGAAAGAAUAAUAAACAAUGUCUGAAAUUUCCAUCUCCAAGAAAGGAUUUGGAUUGUCCUGUGUUUCUAAUUUGUUCCAUUUCUUCAUCUUUCUCCUCUCUCACCCUCUCUACUUAUCUUAUUUCAUCUUCUUCUUCCCUUACUUUCUUAAACUUCUUUCUUUUCUUUCUCCUCUCUUCAUCACCACUUUUCUCCUUCUCUUUGCUUUCUUCUCUCUGUUUUACCCCUCUUCUUCCUCUGACCAUCAUCAUUAUCAUCUUCAUCACCAUUUUCAUCAAGUUUCUGAUUCUUCCAAGAUGGGGUUUCUUGCUACUACUUACCAAGUUGUUUUUGACAGUUUGAGACCAAGAACACCAGAAGAAACCGAUGGAUUUUCUCCCCCCAUGGAAGAGCUUGAAGCUUAUAAAAUCGUGUUUGAGACUUACACUUUUGGUUCUGAACAAACCCCAUAUGGCGACGAUGAUGAUCCAGAAGUUGAAGUGGAAGCUGAUUUUCAAGAACCCAUGGAGAAUUUCCCCGAGGAAAUCCAAAUUCUCCAAGAAAAUCCUCUGCUGGUUGGAAUUGAAACAAAAACAGAGGAAUUGAAAGAAGCCCAAAUCGAAAACGGAGACGAAAACAGAGACGUAAGCCGAGACGAAACCCGAGACUCAUCGAAGGCCAUGGAGAACGAAAUGAUGAAAGAUUUGAGAAAAAUAACAGAAGAAUCAUCGAUUUCUUCAAGAACAGAAUCGAGUCCAUGGAGUUCACCAGGGAGUUUCAGUAGCAGAGAGUACAAUUCAUUAGGAAGCUAUGGAUCGAUGAGGAAGGAGAAAGAAUGGCGAAGAACACUCGCUUGUAAGCUCUUCGAAGAACGGCAUAAUUCAGAAGGAACAGAAGGAAUGGAUUCAUUAUGGGAAACAUACGAGAAGAGUGAAUCAAAGAAGUUGCAGAAAGAAGUGAAAAUCAAUGGAAAAUUGAAGAAAGGAAAGAAAAUUCAAAAGAAAGAAGAAGAAGAUGAAGAAGAAGAAGAUGGAGAAGGACAACUUUGCUGUUUACAAGCAUUGAAAUUCUCAGCAGGGAAGAUGAAUUUGGGAAUGGGAAGACCAAAUCUUUUGAAAAUGACUAAAGCUUUGAAGGGAUUUGGAUGGUUGAGCAGAAAUGGAAGUAGAAGAAACAGAUUGAUCCAUUGAUGAAUUGUUUUGGGUUUUUCUUUUUCUUUUUGCUUCUUCAAUUUUACACUUCUUCUAUGUUCUUCAUCAUCCUAAUCCUCCAUUUUUUCUUCUUUGUUGGUUUGGUUUUUUUUUUCUUUUUUUUCUUUUUUCCUCUUUGAUUCAACUGUUCAAAUAGUGAAAGUAAAUAUUUUUGUUAUGGUAUGGAUGCUAAUUGGAGAUCUAUCUAAUCUUAACCCA